GCUACCAGAACUAUGUGUCGACUUCCGAAGCUAUGGGUCUUAGACCUGUGUCACUGAUUUCAACGCAUACUAAGACAAUGAAUACGCUAUUUAAAGCCAAACUAUGAUAUAUCGUCCAUAUCGCCUCCGAUGGCGCCCAAGACAUCUCACAGGCUGGCUGAAACGACGAAAAGUGCAUUCCGACUUUUGAAACCUCUCUGCCCUCGGCAACAAAGAAUGCACUCAUGUGUGACUGGAAUAGUGUAUAAAAGCUCAAUCGUCAUUCCACCAUUCGAUCCUUCGUGCCCUUCUCUCCCGAUCUUCUGCCCCAACGCCGGCUGGGAAUGGGCUUACUACAACAAUUCUGCAAGCAAUACCGCACCAGGAUACCCAAGCUUCAAUCCAGCCGCUCUCAAGACCACAGUACCCAUCUAUACCGGCACCACACGCACCAUCGGAUUACCUAUCGGCAGUGCAGAGGGAGGUCCAGCAGGGCCCAUAUAUGGAUCCACUGUCAAUCUCGUCAAGACACAGUACGCGAUUAAUCACCGCGCAUAUCUUUAUGCGUGCGAGACCGGAACAUACACCAUUCAGUUGAACGACGUUGACGACGCUUUGUAUACCUGGAUCGGCCCUGAAGCGACUGCAUUCUGGAACGGAACAAAUAGGGAGGCAUUAGUGAGCUAUCAGUUCAAUCCGCCUGGGCGAGGCAAUGUAUUCUUCAAUGUAUAUCUCCUUGCAAAGAGGUACUACCCUAUAAGAUUUGUGUUCGCAGGAGCUCAGAGUGGAGGGAGAUUUACCUAUAGCAUCACGGCGCCCUCAGGUCGAAUUGUGGCUGGCGAUCAAGUUGAGAACAGCGCAUUCACAGUCAGAUCAUCAUGUGAUGCCCAGGCCCCCGGAUUUCCUUUUGCCUUCGGGCAGGAGUUGUAGGUAGAGUCACAAAAUCUGAUACUUUUGAGGUUCCUUUCACUAUACGAGUAGUCCGCGAAAUGUAGCUUUCUUCUUGAGGGAUCAUCAGGGAUUAAUCCCGUAAAUUCAUUUUGAUAUACUCUGCAAAGCACCAGCCGUCCCAGAAUAUUUCGCAAACGGACCUUAGGCGUGAUAUGCGGCUUCAGUUCGGUGAGUGGGCUUGAGUGACAACGAUCACAUUGCUCUGAGCCCGUGUCUUGUGGUUGUAAACCCAUUCGGUUGGACUCCGUCAUAUCACCUUUAUGCUGGUUCGAUAAGGUAGAGAAAUAGCUGCAACUUUUCGGGCCUGCUGAGCGUUCUAUGGCCGUCUCGGUGUGAG